AAUGUAAUCUCUCUUUGUCAAGUGUUAAAAAUGUUAACAAAGACCUGCUACUAUAAAGUGUAACUAAUGUAGAUAUGGUCAAACAUACAGAUUAUGUUAUUCAUGUGAUUCUCAAAUUCAUAAUCGAACAGGACCUGUAGAUUAGCAACAUAAAACUGAAAUCAUUCCAUAUCAAGGUAAUAAAUAGUAUUAAUUUGAUCUAUAGAAAUGUAUUAGAAAAAUUAAAGUAAUGUCCCUGUUCCCUAAAAAAAUGAUUAAAGAAAUUCAUUCAAAAAAAAUGAUUAUAAACCUUAACCUCAAGUUCCAACUAAGGACUUUCUAAACAAUGAUUCUAAGAAACCUGAUUAUUCCAAAACUAUUGAUAUUAAUAGGGUCAGCAAUAAACAUGAUUAUUUGGAUAAAAAAAUCGAUAGUCAUGAUAGAAGAGCUGAUCAAUAAUAUCUUUCUAAUGAUAAACGACCAUACUCUUCUAAUUAAAAGAUUACUUCUGAUAAUGAGAGAAAUAGUCAGCAAUUAAUCAGCUAAUUAAAAGAAGAAUAAUAGUAAACAGAAAAAUUAAGAGCAGAAUUAUCAUAAGUUAAUUAGAAAGAAAGAGAAGCAUAAAGAAGAUUGUAUUAAAAUCUUUGUAUUUUAGAUAAAAAUUAGAAUAAGAAUUUGACCAAAAAAUUAGAGAAGAUAAAUAAAAAAUUUAAUAAUUAACUGAAGAAAAUAGAAAUUUGAAUAAUAAAUUAAAUUAAACAAAUAAACAUAUAUAAGAAGAAGUAAAUAAAGUUAGAUAUCAAUAUGAAGAUUAAAUUAAUGAAUUAGAAUAGAUUCUUAAUGAAAAAAAUUAAUAAUUAGAAAGUAUAGCUUAAGAAUACAAUUUAGUAAUUAUUUUUGUAAAUUUAUUAGGAAGAAUUACAAUAAACUCUAAAUGAAUUAUAAUAAGAAUCAUCUAUGAAAGAUCAAAUUAUAGAAUAAUUAUAACAAAAUUUACAUGAUAAUCAAGAAGAAUUAUAAUAAAUGAGAGAAGAAUUAAUGAAUAAUUCUAAAAAGAAUUUAUAAUCAUCAAAUAAAAAAUCAGUUAAAAGUAAUGAUAAUUAAAAAGAUGAAAUUAUCUAAGAAUUAGGUUAAUAAUUAGAAGCUAAAGAUGAGGAAAUUCAUAAAUUAGAGGGUAAAUUUAAUUUAAUAUAUUAUAAAGAUUUAAUCGAAAAUUUCAAGUAAUUAUAUUAACACAUGAGUGAUGAGAAAUAACAAUUAUAAGAAGAAGUAGAGAAGUUGGCAAAUGAAAAUAAUCAAUUUAGAGAUAUAUUCAGUGUAUGAAUUAAUGUUUAUUGGCUAAUAGCAAAAUUUACAUCUUUUUGGAAUAGAUCCUGAAUAAUUAAAUGAAGAAGGAGAGGAAGGUGAAAAUGAAUAUCCAGAAGAGAUUGCUGAAGAAAAUGAUGACCAAAAUGAUUGA